AUGGCGGGCUCCUGAAUCACGCUUAUCACGCGCUCGGAAUUUCUCCUCUCCUGCAUAGUUUCUCUUUUCGAUUCUCUAGAUCCGCUAGAUCUCUGAGACAUGGCGAGUGAAAAUGUUCGGAUGUCGCUCUCACGUGGUGAAGUUGCAGGAUUAGUAUUUCGAUUAACGCUCUUUGGAGCACUUACUUACUUCGGAAUAAGAUGGAUGGUGAACGCGAUUGACCCGACACGAAAGCAGAAGAUAGAGGCACAAAAAAGAGCUGAAAGAAUAUUGAAAAGAAUCGGAAUUACGAACGUCAAACUUACAGAGUACGAGCUAUCGAUAGCUGCGCAAUUAGUUGAUCCUAAGGACAUCAACAUAACGUGGGAGAGCAUAGCUGGACUCGAAGAGCUAACGCAGGAGGUCAGAGAAACUGUGAUACUGCCCAUUCAGAAGCGGGAGCUGUUCGCGGGCUCCCAACUGAUACAGCCACCGAAAGGAGUGCUGCUCCAUGGGCCACCAGGUUGUGGAAAAACUAUGGUUGCCAAGGCAACGGCACGAGAAGCAGGCGCUCGCUUCAUCAACCUGGAGGUUUCCGCACUGACGGACAAGUGGUACGGAGAGUCGCAGAAGCUCGCUGCCGCGGUCUUUUCCCUGGCCGUGAAGAUUCAGCCGUGCAUCAUCUUCAUCGACGAAAUCGACUCUUUCCUGCGGUCACGGGACACCCAGGACCACGAGGCAACAGCCAUGAUGAAGGCGCAGUUCAUGUGCCUCUGGGAUGGGCUCAUCACAGACCCCAAUUGCCAGGUGGUGGUGAUGGGGGCCACGAACCGUCCCCACGAUGUAGACCGGGCUAUAUUGCGGCGCAUGCCCGCCAUGUUCCACGUCGGCCUUCCGAACCAACUUCAGCGAAGUGGAAUCAUCAAGCUCAUCCUGGAAAACGAAAUGGUGUCCGAAGACGUGGACGCCCGCAAGCUCGGCCGCAUGACGGAGGGGUUCUCUGGGAGCGACCUGAGAGAACUGUGUCGCAACGCAGCGCUGUACCGCGUACGGGACUUACUGCGGGACGAAAGGCACAGCCAAACGACAGAAAAUUCAGACGAAGAGGUCUACCACGAUGCCUUGCGACCCAUCAGCAUGGACGACUUCACAAAUGCCCUCGGCAAAAUGAAGGACUCUAAAGUGCUGGCGCAUCCACGGACCACCCUGCCUCUAGAGUUGGACUGAGGGCUUCCGCCGACGAAUAGCCGACCACUAAUUUGAAUAGUGUUCUACCAACCGUAUUCAUCCUCUGUAUCAUACGUGUCAUAUCUGAUGGACCUUACUUGAUUCUAGUGGGAAAGACUCCUUCAGUGAAGCGCCUUGUGCAUAGAGCCGUUGGGCUGCAUUUCACACCAAACCCUUUGGUUUGAUAGUGGUGUCUCUUGAGGGCCACAGGUGAUGCGGCAGCCCGCAGUGCUGCCCAAGACGGUGUGCGCGGACGUUAGAAAAAGUAAUCCCGUCUUUCGCGUCUUACGACAGCAUGUACCGCAAGUUUUUAGGUUGUAGAUUGCCGAAAAACUUGCUUCGGAGUAAAUUCAGGAAGAAAAUUAUGGUGUGACGAUUUGUGUUGCACCUAUGUAUUUAGAAUGAGAAAGUUUGGAGAUUGGACAAAACCGUUUGUGUCAGUCUUCCACCAGUGCGCUGGAAAGGAGGGAUUUGUGCAGCGAAUGCACGUGGUAGCAAUACUCGGACGCAAGGACAGUGUGGUCCCCUUAGGGCUGGAGUGUAACGAAGCGCAGGACACACACGGGACACACACACAGUGUCAGACGUAGUACUCUCAUGUUUUCCCAUGGUUUUAUUCGGAGCAGGCUGUUUUAUUGUGAUGUCUGAACACUGAAUAUCCACUGUGUUUUUAAAUAAUAAGUACCAAACACCUAAGAAAAUACAUUAAUUUAGGUAA